GGUGUUCAGUUGCACAUGUGCAACAGUGCGUUUCUCUAUAUGCCCAUCUAUUUUGGUAUAUGUAAAUUUAACAUUUCAAUGUUGUCCGUGAAUGAGUUGUGCAAAGUGUUUUCCAAUUGAAAUAACGGUGAAAAGCGUUGGAAAAAACGCCUACUGGAAUGUGUAUUUGCCUAGGCGGAUGAACUAUUUAUAAUGUACACAUGUAUAUACAUAUGGGACGUUCCAUGUCGUAUUGGCAACUUCGUGUGUACAUAAGAGUGUGUGUAUGUUACAACAUUAUUUAUUAGCUUGAAUGGCACUUUCAAGGCCACUUUAUCCUGCCUUCAUUUUCUCACCAGCCAGCAAAAUCGAAUCAUGAGGCAGUUUUGAGUUUUGAGUGCUUGCCAAUCGGUUGGCUUCUUAUCAGCAAACAGCAAACAAUUGGAUCUUGGAUCUUGAAUCUCGAAGACUGAAUGCAAUAGCACAGAUGUUAUCAUGUCCACGAGAAGAUACCUUUUCGCCAAGGGUUCAAGGAGUUUGAGCUCAGAAGAGCUAAAUCUAUAAAAUGCACAAACAAGAAUCUGGUUGUUAAUAACGCGCCGCUACAAACCAAUAAUCGUAUAUACUGGCACUCUAUAAGCAUGAAAGUUAAAGAUAUGAUAUAGAUAUACGCCCAGAACCGCAGUCAGUUUCGUAUUGGCCAUCUGAACCGGAACCGGAGCACCGCACUCAAAAUGGGAGCCAACACGUCGAGCAGCAGCAGCUAUCCCACGGUCGCCUCAUCGGGCAGCGGAGGUGGAGGCGGAGGAGGCUCCUCCAGCUCGAAUGGCAAUCUAUCGUCGCUGCCCAUGGGCAUGGCAGAGAUGUCCUCCUCCUCCGGCGGCGGCAGUUGCGGCCAGAAUGCUGCAGCAGGAGGGGCUCCUGGCAUCGUCAUCAGUGGAACCGGAGCCCACUACCAUCGGGAUCAGCGCAGGAAGCGGGCCACCGGCUUCGCCACCCUCAAACGCAAGUUCAUACGGCGACGCCGCUCCUCGAAGGCCUGUGAUCACGCCCGCGUGCUGCGCGACUUUGUCUCCGACUGGGCGCCCGUGGAGCUGGCCGCCCUGUGCGAGGAGUUCGAGGCCUUGUCGGCCCUGAGGGAUUUGUCGGUGCAGGCCGAGCUGGCACGACCGCCGGCAGCCACGUUCAAGCAGGACCUCGCUGCCAUUUACGAGAAGAAUCUCUGCACCGACUGCGAUUUGGUGUUCCGCGGAACGAUCUUCUCGGUCCACCGUUCAAUAUUAUCGGCACGCUGUGUAUAUUUCCGGGAUCUGCUGGCCGGAUGUCCUGGCUUCGGGGCGCGCAUUUGUCUCGAGCUGCCCACAUCGCCGAUCGAUGUGCAGCUCUUCUCGUCACUGCUGCGCUACCUGUACACCGGCGAUCUGUGUCCGCACGAUCCGAACAUAGACAUUUCGCUGCUGCGCCAGCUGGGCAAGGAUUUUGGGACCCCCAAUCCGCUGGAGCACGAUCUGCGCUACCUUCUGGAGACGGGCGACUAUGCAGAUGCGGCUUUAGUCUUCACCGCCGACGGAACGAACGACUAUUUGCGCCAGGAUUCGGGCACCUCGGAGUACGGCUUUCGGCCAAAGAUCGAGCUGCCCUGCCAUAAAGCGAUCCUGAGUGCGCGCUCGCCCUUCUUUCGCAACCUAAUCGCGCGUCGCACUCGAAAUAUGGACGAGUAUGUCGAGCGGUCGCUGCACGUGCCCACGCGCAUUGUGCUCGAUGAGAGUGUUAUACCAAAAAGAUAUGCCCGUGUGCUGCUGCAGGCCAUCUACCUGGACUCGGUGGACCUGACGUUGAUUCUGCGCGGCGUCGGUUCGGGCACUUCGGCCGGUUCGCUGGGCGAGGUGCAUGCGCUGACGAACACGGGACGCGUGCGUCCCACAACUCUCGAGGAGGCCAUGGAACUCUAUCAGAUUGGACGCUUCCUCGAGCUGGAUAUCCUGGCCCAGGGCUGUGAGGAUUUGAUACUCGAAUGGCUGUCCAUUGAGACGCUGCCCACGGUGCUCAAGUGGGGCUGCCAGCCGUACGGUUCGGCUUGGGUCUUCCGUCAGGCCUGCCAGUAUUUGCGCGAGGAAUUCGCCGCUGUGAGCGCCUCGCCAGUGUUGCACCAGCUGGAUAAAUCUCAGUUAAUACACAUACUGCACAGCAACUUCUUGCAGGCCUCCGAAUUGGAGGUUCUCCAAGCCGUGCUCAAGUGGGGCGAGCAGGAGCUCAUCCGGCGCAUGGAGGAUCGCGAGCCGAAUUUGCUCUCGCACACCGCCCACUCGGUGGCGCGCAAGGGCGUGAAGAAGCGCGACCUGAGCGACAUUGAGCUGCGCGAGAUACUCUCGGAAUUGUUGCCGCUCGUGCGCAUGGAUCACGUUUUGCCGCCGCACUGCGAGGUGCUCUGCCAGGCGAUUCGCCGGGGUCUUGUGAGCACUCCACCCUCGCACAUGAUUGGCGACGAGCGGGAGAAUUUGCGCAUCAAUGCCUGGAUACGCGGUGGCAAGAAUCAGGGGCUGUACGUGCGACCACGCCUCUUCAUGCCGUAUUUCGAGGAGGUCAAGGCCCUGCUGGAGGAUCGCAUGUCCUCGUCGCACCACCAGGUCGAGCUAAUGAGAAUGCGCCGCUGCCGCCAUCCGCCCGACAUCCCAGAUACCUUGUAUAUGGUGUCGCACAUGAAUUCCAAGGCAAAUAGUGAUCAUCUGGGCGCAGCGGAGAGCCGCACUUCCGAUGAUAUAUUAGUGGGCGCUGCGGUUAUCCCACCGCCGGACAACCAGACGCUGCUGGCGAUGCGCAAGCGGGAGCACAAGCUGCGCCAGUCGCCCAUGUGCCAGCGUGCGCUGCUGCUGCCGCUGUCCUCGAAGAGCGAGAUUGACCGGCAGAUACGGCUGCGCGUGGUGAGGGAGUUCAAUCUGCCCGACGAGGUGUCCGAUCUGCUGGAGAUCGCACUGCAGGCGAAUCCCAACUGCCGGGGAAACGAAGGUCAUGCCGAGGAGACAGCUAUCGAGCUAUCGAGUUCCCAGAAAGAGGAUCCCCUGCUGGAGGACGAGGAUCAGAGUCCGCCGCCCUCGCCGGCGGCCACUUGCUCCGUUUCGCGACACACCACCGGCGUUGCAUCGUCGUUCCUCUCGCCCCUCGGCGGCGGCGGCGGCGGCAACUCAUCAUCCGUGGCCUCCGACGCCGCCCAUCCGUGCUACAGUCGAAAUCUCACCUUCCCACGCCAUCACUCCAACGGGCUGAUUGGCGGAGUGGCCUCUGGUUCCGGUCCCGCUUUGCAGUGCAGCUACUCGCGGCUCUCCUCGUCGGCGCAUCACCACCAGCAGCGCAACGAUCUGCCGGCGCUGAUCACCGAGGGCGACUUCCGCUUUCCGCACGGCAAUGGGCUUGGACUCGACAUGGGCGCCGAGGGGGGGGCCUGCGGCCUGGAUGCGGCCAAUAGCCAUCUGUCCGAGAUGAUGCCCGAUGUGGCGAUGGCCACCGCCUCGCUGGGGCAGCUGCACUUGACAAAUAACAGCGCAGGAUGCGCCGCCAACAUGGGCGGGCGGGCAGUGAGCAGCAAUAACGACAUGUCCGAGAGCCUGCAGUUAGAUCUAGGCGAUGGCCCGAGCCCUCAUAUAAUUGGAAGUGCUGUCGGUUCGAUGACCCUACGAAAUAUCCAGCACCAACUGCCAACAAACAACUAUCACCACUUUAUGCAGCGUUCGAAUUCGCCAUUUGAGCUCCUGCGGCAGGGACAACCAUCGCCAACAUCACAUCCACAACAUUCCGGGACAUACAAUUCUGGACCACCAAGGUUUUUAUAGAGAUUUCGAGUGGCCCCCGAUCACGGGCAUUAUUUUAGCAUGCCUUUCUAAAUAAAAAACAUCCGAUACAAUUAAAACUAAAAAUCUAGAUAAAUAAAACAAACUACUAAAUAAAUGUCAAAAUGAUACCCCUUUCCGAUGAUCUAUCAAUACAUAAUAUAAGCUGGAAUAAGAUGAAAAUAUACAAUUGUCCUGCAAAAUGUUCUUGAAAA